CGUACUAUGUGAUUGGAAUUAAUUUUACUUUCCGUAUUUGCAAGCAAGAACUAAAGUUGUUGUCGGGUAGUUUGUUUUAUUUAUUGAGUACUCUGUGUAUCAAUGAUAAUCCAGUUAUGGAUAUUCUAGUCUAGUUCGAAAUAUUCUCCGCAUCUACUGGUGCCUAAAUUGUUGGCGCUAGAAGCCGCGGUGAUUGCUAGGUUUGCUUACUCGAUGUCGAACAAUCUAUUCCUCGCCAGAUUGGACUCAGGAAGAGCUUGAGCUUGGCAUAGUUCCAGAUUCUCAAGAAAUUAAUAUUUCUCCAUACAUGAAAGUGUUUCUUCGGUGAACUAGAAAUACUUUUUUUGCAUCCUGUUUCUCUAGUUUAUUUGUUGGCCUUUUCAUUCCUCAGUGUGUCUAUGUGAGUAAGAGGAGGUGAUUCAUCUCACAAAUCAUAUUGGGUCAAGCUGCUGCACAGCUUGUAUGAUAAUUAGGAAUAUUUCUCCUAUCUUAUCAAGUGAAUCAGAAACCAAAGUUCCAGCUUCAGAGUUUCUUGGGUUACUGACGAGAAAAGAAACUGCACCCAGAACACAAGCACUACCAAGGGAGCCUGAAAGAAGAUAUUUCAAAGAAGAUUGUAUUAGCAUUUUAGUGUGUAAAAACUUCAGCACAGCUAUUGCUAUAAUUUGCAUAGGUUCUUGAAUUGGUACUUGACAAGCUAAGAACGGUAUCAGCUAAAUCUACCAGUUUGCAAACUUCAGCCGUAAGACUGAGUAACUACAAGCUAGGCGAUUGCUAACUAUUAGUUUCACUAGCAGGUUCAUGGCUGCUAAUAGGUGACAACAACCAUCUAUUAGCAUCCUAUUAGGAGAUGGAUCAGAACAACCUUUGCUAAUAAUUAGCUAGCUAACUAUUGGUACCAGUGGAUCCAAAAAAAAAAAAAACCGAUAAUUUAUAGCUCGCGCAAUCGUCCCGAUGUGAUUCAUCAUACAUUUUGAUUAAGAUCUUUUUUAUAUGUUCAGCUGGUCCUGUACAUUGGCAAUUCACUCUGACCUUGUGUUUGCUUGCUGUUUAUACACUGCAUUGAAGAACAUAAAGAACACGAAGAUGGAGUUGGUGGUUGGUGCUUCGACUGCCACCAUGGACUCUCUCCUGGGCAAGCUGGGCAACCUUCUCGCCCAGGAGUAUGAUCUGAUCAGGGGCGUCCGUGGUGACAUCCAGUACAUCAGUGACGAGCUCGCCAGCAUGAAGGCCUUCCUUCUUGACCUCGCCCGGGAAGACCCUGACAACAGGAAGAAGCACUGGAUGAAGCAGAUCCGCGACAUGGCAUAUGACUGUGAGGACUGCAUAGAUGACUUUGCUCACCGCCUCCCCAACGAUUCCUUGGAUGCAAAAUGCUGCCCCUGGAUAGUCACACUAGUGUAUGACCUCUGGACGUUCGGGCCUCGCCGUGAGAUUGCAUCCAGUAUUGCUGAGCUUAAGGUCCGGGCGCAGCUGAUUGCUGACCGACGCAUAAGAUACGGAGUGGAAAAUCCAAAUACCCAAAAAGGCAAGGGCCCGCCCGAUGCGACGUCUUAUGACAUUGCUGAGGAUCAGCUCGCAAGCCAUGAGCUUGGUAUGAAUGAGCCUGUAGGGAUGGAGAAGGCCAUGAAGGAUCUUGAGGAGUGGGUGGACGGCACUGCUUGUCAGGAGCCUGCUGUUGUGUCCAUUGUUGGAUUUGGGGGUGUGGGGAAGACCACCAUUGCCAUGGCAUUGUACAAGAAAGUCAUGUAUCAAUUUGAUUGCCGGGCGUGGGUUACUGUGUCCCAGAACUAUGACCUUGAUGCCGUACUCAAUGAUAUUCUCAAGCAAAUAGACCCAGAUUACAGGCAGCAAUGCAGCAGCAAGACUGGAACCUCUGAGAAUAUCAAGACACUGGCACGCUUUGGAAGCAAAUUGAAGCGAGACGUGCAGCGCACAGGAAGUCUCCGUCAAAGCAGCCCUCGCAGUAUUGAGGAGACCUCCAAUCUAAAGCGCACAGAAACCACCGACAACAAACUCGAAAGCCAAAUAAAGAAGCUCCUGGAUAAAAAGAGGUAUAUAAUCCUGGUUGACGACAUAUGGUCUGCAAAAACAUGGAAAACAAUAUCAGAUUAUUUGUUGCUAACUGAUAAUAAAGAGCGCAGUAGAAUAAUAGUUACUUCAAGAUUUCAAGCGGUUGGUUCGACCUGCUGCCGGCCAGAAAACAAGGAUCUAUUGUAUCCGAUUAGUUUCCUCAGUCCUCGUGAUUCCAAGGAGCUAUUCAACCGAAGUGUUUCUGAAUCCAAAAGCACCAAAGAUAGACACAAGGUACAGAACAAUGUCCCUGGUGAUUUAUGGAAAAGGUGUGGGGGUCAGCCUUUGGCCAUAGUUACCAUGGCUGGUCUAGUGGCGUGCAACCAAGACCAGCCAAAGAGUUACUGGGCUGGACUUCACAAAUUAUUGCCAGAAGAGGUUUCUAUUACUGCUGGGGCUCAGGAACAAGAAACUUCUCUCAAUUUGGAUGGGGUUACAAGGAUACUUGAUUGUUGCUACAAUAAUUUGCCUGGAUAUCUCAGAACCUGCUUACUGUACUUGGCAAUAUUUCCAAAGGGUUGGAAAAUUAGUAGGAAGUGUCUGUCCAGGCGAUGGAUUGCUGAAGGUUUUGUCAAUGCAAAGCAAGGGCUGACGGCGGAGGAAGUUGCGGAAUCAUACUUCAAUCAUAUUUUAAGAAGAAAGUUGAUACGUCCUGUGGAGCACAGCAGCAACGGGAAACUAAAAACCUUUCAAGUUCAUGACAUGGUUCUUGACUAUAUUGUGACCAAGGCAAGAGAAGAGAAUUUUAUUACUGUGGUUGGUGGUCAUCUGAUGAUGAUAGCACCCAGUAAUAACAAAGUCCGUCGGCUUUCCAUGCAGAGCAGCAGUUCCAAGCAUGGAGAUUCAACAAAAGGCAUGAAUCUGUCACAAGUUCGGUCACUGACCGUUUUCGGGAGCCUCACCCAGCUUCCAUUCCAUGCUUUCAAUGACAGAAUAAUACAAGUCCUGGAUUUUCAAGGACUGAAGGGAUUCAAGAACAGGCAUAUGAAACACAUUUGUAAGAUGUUUGUGCUGAAGUAUUUGAGCCUCCGAGGGACGGAUAUUACCCAUGUUCCGCCGACGAUUGUGAAGCUCGAGUAUUUGGAAACUCUUGACAUAAGAGAAACACGUGUUAAAGAGCUGCCGAAAGAAGUAGAGCAGCUAAAACUAAUCAGCAGAAUACUUGGUGGGAGUAAAAACAAAAACCCACGGAAAGGGUUGAGGCUGCCUCAAGAAAAAAGUAAGAAGCAGCAACACAAAAGUAUGUUGACCCAAGAUAAAGAGAAGGAAGGAAUGAAAGCACUCCGGAUACUGUCUGGGAUCAAGAUCGAUGAGACAACAGCUGUAGCAGGCCUUCAUCAAUUGACGGGUCUAAAGAAGCUUACUAUUUACAAGCUCAAGCUCAACCCAGAGGAACCGGGCACAAGGAAAAUCUUGACAGAACUACGCUCUUCUAUUGAGUAUCUUUGCAGCUGUGGUCUCCAGACUUUGGCGAUCAAUGAGGAAGGUCAAUCUAAUUUUAUCAACUCCUUGGGUAACAUGUCCGCACCCCCAAGAUAUCUUGUUGCCCUUGAGCUUUCCGGCAUGUUGAAAAAACCCCCAGGUUGGAUCAAGACACUACGGACAUUGAGCAAGCUAACUCUGUCUCUAACAGUUCUCCGGACAGAUACUCUAGAGCACCUCCGUGCCCUGCCGCUGUUUUCUCUUACCUUUUCUUUCUCAUUUGGUGAGAUGGAGAAGGAUCAGGACAAAAAGAUGAAGGACAUCAUCGAGGACAACAAAUCACUGUCCGAUGGGGAGAUCUUUGUUCCAGGUGAAGGAUUCAAGAGUCUUAAGCUACUUCGCUUCUUUGCACCUCUUGUUCCAAAGCUAGGCUUCUGUCACAAUGCAAUGCCAGCCCUUGAGAUGAUUGAGAUGCAGUUUCAAGCGUUUGAAGGCCUAUUUGGCAUUGACACGCUAGGAAAUCUCAAAGGGGUGCGCCUCAGAGAAGCUAAACCAAGAGAAGAGGAUAAGCAAACCGCUCAAAUAAAUGACCUGUUGGUACGAGAUUUGAAAGAUAGCACUGAGGGACUGAAGGUAAUCAUUGAUCACACAUUCACUUCUUGAAAGGUCGAAAGAUAUUGGUGCUACCGCACCGACCAAUCGUUCUCAGAACCUCGGUCUUUGCCAUCGAGUUUAUAUAUAUUGUUACGGUUCUUGCAUUGGUUGUAUGAAAAUAAAUAGGGAUGCCGUAGUAUGCAUCUACAUCCCAUGGAACUCAUAUAUGUUGCGUUUGUUUUUGCUCUGCUAUGUUAGUAUUGCUGUGAUGUUUGGUUAUUGCUAUUACAGUGUUGAUGAUACCUGAAGUUUGUUGGGUCCUUGUUUCUACAUAAAGGGAGGACCCUCGAAGGGACCAUUUUAUAACCCAUUUGUUGCAUCGGUUUUAUGAUAUUUCUUGUUUGUCCUCAA